CCAACACCUCCGACCCUCCCCUAUAUAUAAUUAAAUCCCCCCUUCCUUUUUCCUCCUUCCCACUCUCAGUCUCUCUCAUCUUCACACACAUUAACAAUCUUGUAGGAUUUAGGAAUUUAGGGUUUUCACAAUUUCCCCCAAUGAAGAAGAUUUCCAACAAGUUCUCCGCCGUUGAUUCUCCUAAUCCACCCAUCUCGUCCCGUCGAUGCCUAUUAGGGUAUUAAGUAUGUCUUCUCUGAUUUUUCUCUCUCCUCUAUUUUUUUUUUUAAUUUCAACGGUCCAAUACCAUGUCGUUUAUAGCACAAAAAGCCAUGAUUUUUGAUGCUAUUAUUGGUACGAUACCUACAUCAAACUUUUUCUUUAUCAAAUUUCGCAUGUUGAUAGCAAUCUGUUGAUCUUAUUUUUGAUGAUUAAAAGGUGCCGUUUUUGCGAUUGCAUAUAUUAUUUUCAAUUUUAAAUCAAUAAUUUACGUUUGUUUUGAUUAAUUAUUGUAGCCAAUGAUGAAAUAACUAAAAACAAAUGUUGGAAUUACCGUCUGAGAUUUACAUUGAUGUUAGACUAUCUUUCUGAGGCUGUUUUACAUUAAUACAUUAAUUUUUACUUGAAUAAGUGGUUUUUCAUCAAUUUGUUUUUUUAAUUUCUGAUUUUAUGUCAUAAUAAUGAGUACAAGUUGUAGAAAAAUGGUCCAUGAUGAUAAAAUUGAAGGCUUGUUUCUCAAAACAUUCGCAGUGGCCGUCUAAGAGCUUUCGUCUGCGCAGACUUGAGAGCUAAUGUUGUUUUUAUCCUUCCUUGGAUGUCUGAGACCUCUUUUUAUGACUUGUAUCUUGUUCAAGAUCAUAAAAUUUUGAAAUCAUGAUUUUUUUUUAAAAAAAUCUAUGGCUUUUGAAAGUAGUAUAUUGUUUAAGAACUGAUGGUGAAAUGAAACGAUUACUCUUAUGAUCAUUUGCACUUGAUUAUUCGAUGUUGCUUGAUGGUGAGAUAUUAAGAUUAUAUGCACUUUGAUCAUAUAUAAUGCAAAAUUGUCUUGCAUUCAUGAUCAAAGAGUUACCACGAAACUGAUCAUGAAUUACGAUUUGCAAAGUAUGAAAUCAAUCACAAUUUACUUGAUGAUGAUUGAGGUCUUUUAAGUUUAAGACUCUUUUGUUUUAUCACCGAGGCUUUUUGGUGUCCCAACAGAUUGUUAUGUGGUAAUUGGUGGUUUUAUUAUAUAAUUGAAUUACAUUAUUUUUAUAUUAUACUUGAAUAUUAUGGUUUUUAAUAACUGGUUGUUGGUAAAACUAUUAUCCUUACGAUCAUUUACACUUGAUCGUUCGAUGUUGCCUUAUACUGGGAUGUGUAAGAUUAUGUGCGCUUUGAUCAUUUAUAAUGCACAUACACUGUUACAUUCAUGAUCAAAGAGUCACUAUAGAUAGAUCGUGGAUGAUAAAGUAAUAAAUCCUUUACAAUUUACUUGAUGAUAAUGGAGGAUAAUACCCUUUUGUUUCAUUACCGAGACUUUUUGGUGUCCUAACAUUUUCUGGUGGUAAUUGGUGGUUUUUUUAUAUAUUAUAGUUACAUAAUUUGUAUACUAUGCUGGAAUAUUAUGGUUCUUAUUAAGUGGUUAUAGUUGGUAAAACUGUUAUCAUUAUGAUCAUUUGCACUUGAUGGUUAGAUGUUGCGGUAUGGUGGGAAGUGUAAGACUAUCUGCAUUUUGAUCAUUUAUAAUGCAGAAAGUAAUCAUGAUUAAAAAAUCACCAAAAAGUAAUCAUGGAUGAUAAAAUAACAAAUCAAUCACAAUUUACUUGAUGAUGAUUGAUGUAAGACCCUUUUGUUUCAUUACCCAAGUUUUUUGAUGCCGAACCUUUCUCAAAUUCUAAGAAAUUGAUCACAUUUUACUUGAUGACAAUUGUGGGAAAGAUUCUUUUGUUGUAUUACCCAAGCUUUUUGGUAUUGCAAAUUUUUCUAGUGGUAAUUGGUGGUGUUAUUAUAUAUAUUUAAGUUACUUAAUUUGUAUGUUAUGCUUGAAUAUUAUGGGUUUUAGUAACUGGUUGGAAUUGUUGAAACAAUUACUCUUAUGAUUAUUUCCACUUGAUCAUACAAUGUUGCCGGAUUUUGGGAUAUGUAUCAAUGUAACACUGUUUGAGAUCAUUUAUAAUGCAUUAACACUUGUCUUGCAUUCAUGAUCAAAGAUUUACCAAAAAUAGAUCGCGUGGAUGAUAAAGUAACAAAUCCUUCACGAUUUACCUGAUGAUGAUGGAGGAUAAGACCCUUUUGUUUCAUUACCCAAGUUCUUUGGUGUCUUAACAUCUUCUAGUGGUAAUUGGUUGUUUUAUUAUAUAUUUGAGUUACAUAAUUUGUAUGCUAUGCUUGAAUAUUAUGGUUGUCAAUAACUGGUUGUAGUUGGUAAAACUAUUACUCUUAUGAUCAUUUGCGUUUGAUGGUUGGAACUUAGAUAUUGUGGUAUGGUGGGAAUUGUAAGAUUAUAUUCAUGAUCAAAAAGUCACCAAGAAUUAAUCAUACAUGAUAAAAUAACAGAUCAAUCACAAUUUACUUGAUGAUGAUUGAGGUAAGACCCUUUUGUUUCACUACCCAAGCUUUUUGAUGUUGAACCCUUUUGAUCACAUUUUACUUGAUGAUAACUAUGGGAAAGAUUCAUUUGUUCUAUUACCCAAGCUUUUUGGUAUUGCAAAUCUUUUUGGUUGUUAUUGGUGGUGUUAUUUAUAUAUAUUUGAGUUACAUAAUUGGUAUGCUAUGCUUGAAUAUUAUAGUUUCUAAUAACUGGUUACUCUUAUGAUUAUUUGCACUUGAUUGUUUGAUGUUGCCGGAAUGUGGGAUAUAUAACUAUGUAAACUGUCUGCACUUUGAUCAUUUAUAAUGCACAAACAUUGUCUUGGAAAAAUUGGUGAUGGAUGAUAAAACCAUUUUGUUCACUACCCAGUCUUUUUGAAUAUGUCCCAACAUUUUCUGGUUGUAGUUGGUGGUUAUAUUAUAUAUUUGAGUCACAUAAUUUGUAUAUUAUGGUUUUUAAUAACUGGCUGUAGUUGGUAAAAUUAUUACUCGUAUGAUCAUUUGCACUUGAUGGUUAGAUGUUGCGUAUGGUGGAAAGUGUAAGAUUAUCUGCACUUUGAUCAUUUAUAAUGCACAAACAGUCUUGCCAUGAUUAAAGAGUCACCAAAAAUUAAUGAGGUAUGAUAAAGUAACAAAUCAAUCACAGUUUACUUGAUGAGGAUUAAGGUAAGACCUUUUUGUUUCAUUACCCAAGCUUUUUGAUGUUUAACUUCUCUUAAAAUUGUAAGAAAUUAAUCACAUUUUACUUGAUGAUUUUUUUUUUUUUUUUUGAUCCAUAUGAGCCACGAAGGCGGUACAAAGUACAAAGAAGGGGAGGGGGAUUCGAACCUGUGACCUAUCGUUCACAGCACCUCAAUCUUAACCACUAGGCCAAGACAUCCUUGGUACAUUUUACUUGAUGAUAGUUGUGGGAAAGAUUCUUUUGCUCUAUUACCCAAGCUUUUUGGUAUUGGUGGUAAUUGGCACUGUUAUUAUAUAUAUUUGAGUUACAUAAAUGUUAUGCUAUGCUUGAAUAUUAUGGUUUUUAUUAACUGGUGGGAAUUGGUGAAAGAAUUACUUGUAGGAAAAAUUCACAGGAAUAAUCCCAACUAUUGAACAUCUUUCAUAAUUAAUCCCAACUAUGGGUUAUUCCUGUAUAAUCCAAUUUAUAACCUCAUUAAUCCAAAAAUACUCCCCACUAACCAGGAACUUGUUUAUCCGGUAAACUUCUCCUUCCCUCCAAAACUAGGAAGAGAGUUAAUGAAGGGAGUUAAUAGCGUGUCUUUUUCACAACCACCAUGAAAGUUCUGCAAAUCUUCUUCUUCUUCAACACAGCAAGGUGAAUUUUGAAUUUCGCAAAUCUUCUUCUUCUGCAAAAUCUACUGAAGGUUCUACCAUUGUAGGUAAGUAAAGUGUUGAAUUUUGAAUUUCGCCAUUAAUGUCAAUUUUUUUUCUUCAUAAAGUUUUGAACUUUGAUCAAUUUCGUGCAUGUAAACUCUCUGAAUUUUGUUGUUUUUAAUUGUUAAAUUUGGUGUGUUGUUUAAUUUAUAGGUUUAGUUGAUUCCUAUGGAUACAAUUGUUUGUAUAAGAAUGUGGCAUGGUGGUCAGUUUAAGAAGAAUAAAUACGGAAACCUAGAUUUUUGUGGAGGGGAUGCCAGGACUUUUCAGGUGGAUGCAGAUGAACUCUGUUGGUUUUAUUUAGAGGAAUUGGCUAACAAGUGUGGCAAAUACUCUAGCAUUUCUGAGAUAUAUUAUUUGACCCCCCAUUGUAAGUCAUUUGAGCAGGGUUUGAAAAGGGUGUACAAUGACUCAGAGGUUAGGAUAAUGACAAAACUUGUGCUUAAAAAUAGGUUUAUUGAUUGCUAUGUAGUUCAUGGGGUAGACACAGCAGAGGUAGUUCUUGAAAUUGAAGGAGGAGAGACACAAAGCCAAACUAAGGUCUCAAAUGUAAGUGAAGGAGGGAGUAUUAGACCCAAAAAACUUACCCCUAUUAGAGGAGGGAAGAAGGGGCAUAAAAGUCCAGUGGUCCCAGAAACCCAAAAAGCUACCCCACUACCAGAACCAGUCAGCAACUCAGGGGGAACCCUUCACUUUACCCAAGCAGAAUCUACAGCUACACAACAAAAUGAGCCUGAGCUCACUCAUGUUGACUCACCUACCCUAGAUAACACUUUCACAGAAACUAUAUUAAAUGCUAGUAAUCAAUCUGAAACUGAACAAAGACAACAACCAGAAGCUGAAGGUAGCCAUCAGCCUCUUAGUGAACUAAUCCAACAACCUGAAACUCAACAAAGCCAAAUAAAUCAGUACACUGAAAAUCUUGAAGAAGGGUAUGAGACUGAUUAUGAUGAGCAUCCAGAUGAUUCUGAAUUUAUCCCUGAUGAUGUGGACACAUCUGAUGUUGAGACAGAACUAGAAGAGGAAGAUUUUGAGGGAUUAAGUGAUGAAGGUGAGGAAGAUAUUGCUGGUGAAGGUGAGGAAUAUGUUGAGGGAUUAGAGGUAGGAUCUGAUGGAGGGACUAAUGAUGAGGAAUGGAGGGUGGCCAAGGAUAGCCUCAGGAGUUGGAACAGUAGGAUAGUUGGGAUUGCAAGAGAUCUACAAAAGGAGGCUGCAUCAGGUAAGCUUACUGGACAGCAGAAGCAGCAAAGGGGUGAGCCAAGUGGAGUUGAAGAAACCAACAAUGAAUUCCUUAGUGAAUAUGAAGACACUGAUGAAGAGGCAAAUACACCAGGUUCAAGUGAUGAGGACAACAUAAGUAGCAGAAAAAGGAGGGCUAGGGUUCAAGUUGUGGAUGAUAACACUGACUUCAACACUUUGCAGUGGAAGGUUGGCAUUAGGUUUCAAAAUAGAGAUAAGUUCAGGGAUGCCAUUGUGAGGUUUGCAGUUGCACAAGGAAGAAACUUGUUUAUUGCAGUGAGUGACAAAAAAAGAGGACAGAGGCUAGGAGCAAAGUGUGGCAAAGGUUGUCCUUUUAGGAUCUAUGCAAGUUGGGACAACAGUAAAGCAUGCUUUGUAGUUAAGUCAGUGAAAUCUGAGCAUACUUGUAAUAGAACCAUGGAAGCAAAUAGGCAAUUGAAAGCUUCUUGGGUGGCAGAGCAGUUUCUUGAAGUGUUUAAGAGCAGACCCCAUUGGCCUGCAAAGGAUAUAAUUGAAACAGUAAGAAGGGCUUACAAGAUUCUUGUGAAGAAGAAUUGGGCCUACAAAGUGAAGUAUUUAGCUCACAAAAAGCUUCAUGGCAGCAUGAAAGAUCACUAUAACAAACUGGGAAGGUACUUAGAAGCACUGAAACAAGCUUCACCUAACAGUUGCUUUAAGUUGGAAACUGAUCCAACUAGGGGAGUUAAUCCUCCUGUAUUUCAAAGAUUUUUUGUAUGUUUUGAAGGUGUAAAAGAUGGUUGGCUUGCUGGGUGUAGAAAGGUAUUGUGUGUAGAUGGUUGCUUCUUGAAAACCUUCUUAGGAGGCAUGUUACUAUCUGCAGUAGGUCGUGAUGCUAAUGACCAAAUGUAUCCUCUAGCCUGGGCAGUUUGUGAAGGGGAAAAUAAUGAUAGUUGGCAAUGGUUCAUCACUGAGCUAAAAAAGUGAUUGGAAGCAUUGAUGGUGAAGGCAUUACAAUAAUUUCUGAUGAACAUCAGUGCAUAGUGUCCUACCUAAAGCAGAACAUAGGCACUGUGCACGCCAUAUCUUUGCACUAUGGCACAAGAAUUACAAAGGUGAGGAGUUCAAGUUUAUGUUUUGGAAAGCUGUUUGGGCCUACAAUGAGGUAGAUUACCAGGAUGCACUGGAGGAGAUGGGGAAAGUAAGUCCAAGUGCAGUUGAAGCUUUCAAAGGGUAUGAUCCAAGGUGCUUUUGUAGAGCAUUUACAAAUACAGUGACCAAGUGUGAUGUUGUUGUGAGCAAUAUGGCAGAAACCUUUAAUGGUUAUAUACUUGGUGCAAGGACAAAACACUUGAUAUUCAUGCUUGAAGACAUCAGGACAACACUAAUGCAAAGACUAAUAGCUAAGAGAGAAGAGUUGGAGAAGUACAAAGGGAGUAUUUGCCCUAGAAUUCAAGCAAAACUGGAAAAAGAGAAGGAUUGGGCAGCUUCUUGUAAUGUGAUGCCUUCUAGCAAAAUGGUAUUUCAGGUGUCCCAUAGGUUAACACUCUGACAGUUGAUCUAACAAGGAGAGUGUGUACAUGUAGAAAAUGGGAAUUAACUGGAAUUCCAUGCUGCCAUGCUGUGGCUUGCAUCUUUUUUUUGCACCAAGAAGCUGAGAGUUAUGUGCAUGAAUGGUACAAGAAGGAAACACACUUGCUUUCAUAUUCAUCUGCCAUUCCCCCAUGUGUUGGGGAAAGGCACUGGCCAAGAGUUGAAUUGCUAAUUGAUCCACCUCCAAUUAAGGUUGGUCCAGGUAGACCAAGGAAGAACAGAAGAAAGGAUCCACAUGAAGAUCCAAAGAAACCUGGAAAGUUAACCAAGCAUGGGACUCAGAUGACUUGUAGCUUGUGCCAAUCAACACAACACAACAAAAGAAGGUGCCCUGAAAAAGGUAAAGAAGUCCAACCACAACCCAAAAAGGGCAGAGGCAGGCCAAGGAAAGUUGGAAUGGAUCAAUGGAUGGCACUCAGGCUAUGAGCUUUGACCACCACAAUCUCUCAGCACAACCCACACUCACUGGCAAAGGAGGAAGAGUUUUGUACAGAGGAAGAGGCAGCAGGGGUGCUAGCACUAGUAGGGGUGCAUCCAUAAGCAGAGUUGCUAGCAACAACAUAGGAGGUGGCAGGGGAGCUAGCACAAGCAGAGGUGGGAGGGGCACAUCUACUAGAGGCAGGAGAGGUGCAUCAACCACCACAAGGAGAGGUGGGAGGGGUUCAUCAAACACCAACAAUAGGUUGGCAAAUUUAAUUGGAGUGACUACUAGCACUGCUGCAUGUGAUAUGAACAUCACCCACCCAAAUUGAUCAGUUCAGAAGAAGAAUUUGAAUAGUGUAAUGUGUAGUUAGUUGCUUUUUUCAGCAUAAUUUAGUUCUAGUUAUGAACUUGGAUAUUUUGAAGCUGUUUGUUUUGAAGCAAUGUAAUGAAGGUUGUAUUGGACCAAAAUUAUCAUAUUAUAUCAUUAUGCCAUUGUUUCAGGCAAUAACA